AUGGCAUUAUUCACAGGUGUUGUGCUAUUUAAACCUGACUUGUAUACUUUACUUAGAAAAAUGGUAAUUUUUAAUCAAUCAGUUUAUAACUGUGAGGGGCUCGCUAUUGACUGGAGUAACGGCAACAUGUUAUGGACCGACGAUGGGUAUAAGACCAUUAACAUUGCAUCAUUGGCCCCACUGGGUGUGGGACCUCUGGGACACGGGCCUCAGUUUCUGCGGAAAGUUUUGGUGAACGGAGUAACAAGCCACCCAAGAGCAAUAGUAGUGCAUGAAGCAAGAAGUGUCAUCUACUGGUCAGUAUGGGAACCAAUAGAAACGCCACAAAUAAACUACGGAAAGAUUGAAACUUCGUGGAUGGAUGGAUCGCACAGAGAAAUCUUAUAUACAGGCAGUGAUAUACUAUGGCCUAAUGGUAUAACAGUGGACACCCUUAGAGAUGUGAUUUAUUACACUGAAGCAUUUUAUGACAAGAUUGAAGCAAUUCAAAUUAAUGGCAGAAUCAAAACGUUAUUUCCGGCACUGGUAAUCAGUUUGGGCACCCAUUUUCUAUAUCUUUGUUUGAAGGGGCUUCAAAAGACAACACUUUACAAGGCAGAUACCUAUUUGUAG